CUGCGAUGGCUCAUUAUUAAAGAAGUGUUGCCUAUAUUUGUGAAAAAGGAUUACAUUUACCAUGUUGUCGCUGCCUGAGGAUAUGGACUGUUACAAACACGAGCGGCGGUGUAACGCUUUGGAUAGAUGCCUGUGUAUCCUACACGCUUUCUUCGUGUCCUUCUCUUUGUUUUUUAAACCCUUUUGGGCUGCACGUUUUCUCAAAACUGUUGAAUUUAGCGCUCUUUGGACGUGAAGGAUAUUUGUGUCGUUGUUGGUCGUCGGACAUGAGACAGUGAGGUGCAGAGACCUGUGGACAGGCGCCUUUUCGCAGACAGUAUGGUACAAUAUUUUGACAUAAGCGUUAUUUUUUGUGUUACGCACUAUUGCGCAUGCCUAGUGGAAGAUUCAGACCGCUGCCCGUCGCCACUUGGCUCCGUCCUGGCCGUGAUGUAGGAGCAAAAGUGAAGGCAGCCGAGGACUAAAUAAAAAAUGCGUUGGCAAAGUGGUAGCGUGGCGACCCAAGGAUUUGACUUUGGAUCCUUCACGAAAUAGACUGUGUCAUAAACUGAAGAAUGUCCGGGCCGCCUCGUGCAGGGGCUGAAGGAGUAGUGGUCUCCAAAGUUAAAGUGAAAAAGGAGAUCAAGACAAUCGUGGAGAAUUUGGAAACCAUCCUGGGAGACCUCAAGGAUGUAGCCAAAGAGCUCCAAGAGGUUGUUCAUGAGAUUGACACCCUGACUGGGGACCUGCAGCUGGAGGAGGACCGACUGACAGACAGCUCCAAGACAGACACGCUAAACUCCAGCUCCAGCUCCACCACCACCACCACCACCACCGCCUCCAGCCUGGAGAAAAUGAAGAUCUUCCCCGAUGACUGCAUCUUCAGACCACCCGCGUUCUUCGACCCGGUCAACCCUCUGGCGGUCCUGACUGUACUGAAGAAGCCCCACCCUCCCCUGCCUCCACCCAGACUAACCCCACUGCGAGCCGAAGAUCACAACAUUAAGAAUCUGCCUCAUCCGACAUUAGUGUUAUCAGGGAAUGUAUCCAGGGCUACCGGGUCUCUAAUGAGGAAUGGCGGGGCUUUUCAAUUUAAACCAAACCGGGAUUUGUUCUCCUCCAUGCCGUGUUUCAUUGCUAAUGACAGUGGAAUCCCUGAGUCGGGUCUUGUUCCUACAUUACCCAGGCCCAUGCCUCUUCUCCGCCAUGAAAAGAACAAAUGCCGGAAGGCCCCUGGCAGGGAGUCUCGUGAGAGGGAGCGUGUACGUUUCAAUGAGAAGGUCCAGUACCAUGGCUACUGCCCGGACUGCGACCUCCAAUAUGAUGUAGACGACACAGAACUACAUUUACAGGCCGAGCUGAACAACAUGAGGCUCAGCCCGGUACAUUUUUGCUCUUCGUACUCCACUCCUCAUGCUCUUCCUCAUGAACUAAUGUUGGAAAAUGGCGGCCUCUCGGUCAGCCACAGUUUCCCGCCAACAGCAAACACACCUCUACCUUGUGUGCCUCCUCACAUGCCUUCCCACAAGCCCCAGAAAACAAUCCUACGCAAAUCAACCACCACCACGGUUUGACGCCGAACCCCCUUGUUCUGUUUACUUUCAUCGUUUUUUCUACUUUAUGAGCGCUUUGUACUCCAAUUGAACAUUGGAUUAUACAAACCGAGAGAGCAGGAGUUGGGAAAAGCGUGGAUAUAAAGUGAGUGGAAGAAAGAGAAAGGCACCGCCAUGGGCGCUGAGACGUACACAGAGAGAUCAGGAAGAAGCGGGCCCAUUGAGAUACUUGAGAUACGAGUGGAAGGGAUGCUUGUUCCAUACACUGAUCGACCCUGGUUGUCCGAGGCACGAGGAGCCAGAGCUGAGGCCAAGCAUCUACCUUUAUUUAUUUUUAUAAAUCGCUAACGGAUUUCAAUCACCAGGAGAUCAUUUAGACACUUAUAGACUUUAAGAGCACUGAACAACCUCCAGGCAUAACAGUGUCAGGGCGAUAUAACUGUGAAACUGGGCAUCAGUAAGUGUGAGUGUAGAUGAAUUUAUAGAGGAGGAGAUAUUUUUGUUACAUAGAAAUAGCUGUAAUAAAGAUGAGAAAGCUGCUGAAACCCUGUCACGAAAGUAAAGAGGCAGGUUAAGAUGAAGAGGUACAAGAUGGCGUGAAAUGAUGUCGGCCAGUAUUUGAUUGAUGUCUUCACAGACUUUUGCUCUGUGCAUACUCAGAUAGAAAUCAAUAGCUCCACUGAAGCAGUGGAAUUUGCCUUUUAAGAAUUGUAAUUGUUUGCCGGCGAGUGAGCUUCUCGACUGCAGAUAAGGAGAAAAAUGACAUUUGGUCAGUGUACGCCAUGGUCAAUCAUAGUGUAUUUUUUGAACGUUUUGAAAUAAAUGGAGAUGUGGUCGCUGAUCUGUGUCCAGACAUGUUCACCGUACAUCAAAAUCUAUGUGCUCUGGUGCCAUGUAAGAUACGUUUUGUAGAAAUACAUUAGUGCCAUAGUUACAGCUUUAAAAGA